GGCGACAUAAUGGCAACUUACUGACGACUGACUCGGAGAGAUUCCUCUCUUCGGAGAGAUUCUGCAGCGUUUCUCACAAAAACAGGAUGAUCAUGUAAUAGACACAAAAGUGGCUGUACAUUAACACCAGAAGAGUGCCUACGUCUUCCGCAGUAGUCUGUAGUUGUACAGAAUUUGCAUUGAGGAGAGAAUUUGAUAGACUCUCCACCUGAGACUCUCACCAUGGUGCUGAAGAAAAGAAAACAGAGUACGACGCGACUUGGCGAUGACAUAGCCAUCGCCGACUAUGGUGCGGACGAAAACAUCACCGACAAUGCCAAGAUCCAAUGGGUGAAUCAGCCAUGGGUUCGGAAGCUGCUCAGAGGGGCUGCCAUGGUCAGUUUCAUCUCGCUCUGCUUUAACACGCCAAAGACAUUCGAGGUGAUGAGGUUCAUGGAGUACAUGACGCUCGUCGUUGACUCUGUCGUCACCCUCCUAUUCUUCGCAGAAAUGAUUGCCAAGAUGACCACCAGAGGAGUAAUCUUUGGGGAAAAUGCCUACCUUCGAGAUAACUGGGGACGAUUUGACACUUCUAUGGUCCUCUCAUUGUGGGUCUCUAUUCUGUUACAGAUCUGCCAAAUUGCUGGAAAGGUGGAGAAAUACACACCAUUAACCAUCCUCCGAGCCCCGAGGCCGUUCAUCAUGAUCAGAUCCUUCAGAGUUUAUCUCAAGUUCAAACUUCCCAAAGCUAGAGUCAAAUCAAUCUUCAAGCGAUCUGGUCAGCAGGUAUGGAGUGUCACCAUCUUCUUGGUGUUUUUCUUGGUGUUGUAUGGAAUGCUAGGAGUUCAGAUGUUUGGUGAUCUGUCAACACAUUGUGUCAACAUGGAAAUGUACAACCAAACUAUCAAGGAAAUGGACCACCAAAUUAAGGAAAUGGACAACCGAACUAAGGGAAUGGACAACCAAACCAGUUACAGUCCCGAGAGUACGAAUGUCAACUACCUAGCUAUUCCAGACACGCAUUGUAAUUUAGAGAAAGAGAUUGGUUCUCAGUGUCCAAACGGGAUGGUAUGCAGGAAUAUCAUACUGACUCCAGCUGUACAGGGAUACAAUAGCUUCAGACAUAUAGGUGUAAGCAUCUUCACAGUGUAUGAGAGUGCCUCUCUGGAAGGCUGGGUCUUUAUUAUGUAUAAAGUGACUGACAGUUUCCCAUCGUGGCGGGGCUACUUCUUCUUCAUCACGAUGAUCUUCUUCUUGGCCUGGCUUGUAAAGAAUGUUUUCAUAGCUGUUAUCAUCGAGACCUUUGCUGAGAUCAGGGUGCAGUUCCGGCAGAUGUGGACCAGAGGUGGCACUGCUCAGUCUUUUGAUUCAAAGGUUCUGCAAGACGACGGAACCUACACACCAUGGAAAUUGACCAUCGUGGAUGAAAAUAACAGCCGUGGUCCUGCCCCGAUGUGCUGCCAAAGGGUUUUGGAGUCCCGCUCUUGUCACUUCUUUAUCUUGGGUAUGGUGGCCGUUGAUGCUGUCCUAGCAUCAACCUACAACAUGUUUUACCAAGACAAUGAACCGCUCAAGACGAGGUAUCAUCAAGGACUCUACAUAGCACAGGUUGGAUUCACUCUUCUGUUUGAUGUGGAAGUGUUGUUUAAGGUAUGGUGUCUUGGUUUCCGUGGCUACUUCAAGCGAUCUCUCCACAAGUUUGAGCUCUGCCUCGCCAUCGGUAACUCCAUUCGCAUCAUGUAUCCUGAUAGACUCUACUCAUCACAGCUUGCUUAUUUUCAGGUUAUGCGCUGUUUCCGUCUUAUCAAGCUUUCACCGACUUUGGAAGACUUUAGCAGAAAGAUCUUUGGGCCAUUCAUCAAGUUGGGAACCCUGAUCCUGUUCACAAUGAGUUCACUUAUCUUAGUCUCGGUGAUUAGUCUACAACUCUUCUGCUACGUGGAAAAUCUCAAACAGUUUGAUACAUUCCCAAAUGCUUUCAUGUCCAUGUUCCAAAUCCUGACUCAAAAGGGUUGGGCUAUCGUCAUGUAUGAGUGUAUGCUGGCGGCAGACAACAACGCCUUGGCGCCUGUAAUAGCCGUCUACUUCAUUGCAUACCACCUCUUUGCCACUGUGAUUGUGCUCAGUUUGUUCGUUGCUGUCAUCUUGGACAACUUGGAGCUGGGAGAAGACUUCAAAGGAAUCAAGCAAAUGAAAGCGUCAGAACAGAAGACGGCAGACAAGGUCCUACCGCGGAGGCUCAGGGUCUUCCAAAAGUUCCCUGAUAAGCCUCAGAUGAUCAUGCUUUCCAAGAUUCCAUCAGAAUUUACAUUACCAAAGAUACGAGAUAGCUUCAUAAGACAGUUUGUAGAGACUGGCACGGACAUGGAACGCUUGCUGAAGAGAUCUGCCAACAGAGAGAGCAGUGGUACCCUAGCGCUGGCCCUACCCCCGGCCACCUACGCCUGCCCGACCUCGCCCCUGUACCUGAUGAGCAGACGACUACCGGCGUUUACUACACAGAUACAAGGAAAACUACAGAAGAAAACUGGUGUUAACUGUAUUGUCAGGGACUCUGCUCACCAGCGGGUGGUCAGCCUCGGUUUCAGCGCAGUCGGCGUACGAGGCCGAAUGCUGAGUGAAUACGGGAGCCGUGAUAGGCGCUUGCGGGCAUUGAGGGGAUCUAUACGGGGGCACAAGCCCAUGGAAUCUAUCAAAGACAACAGUGACAUCGCCAACAGGAAUGUAUCCUUCAACAUCAAGGUCAUCCAAGAGAGGAAGCAGCAAGCUGUACAGAAGAGGAAUGCUAAAGAGGAGGAUCUAAGAGAGAACCAUCCAUACUUUGAUAUGCCUCUCUUUGCUGUCGGACGGGAGAGCAAGCUCAGGAAAUUCUGUAUGGGAAUCGUCUAUGCGAGAUACAAUGCAACCCAUACUGAUGAGUCUGGAAUGGUCAUCAAGAGGAGAUAUCAGGAGAUCCAUGAUUUUGUUGCCAUGGUGACAUACAUGACGUGGUGUUCCAUCGUAGUUACCACGGCGACCUGUAUAUCUAUGAUGUACGAGAGUCCUGAUAACAGAGUCAUGGAUCACAAGGUUCUGCUCAUUGCAGAAUACAUCUUUGUCAUUUUCAUGGGAUCAGAAAUGAUCUUGAAGAUUCUAGCUGACGGUCUGUUCUUCACACCAAAAGCUCUGAUACGAGAUGUUGGAGGAUUCUUGGAUGUUUUCAUCUAUCUGAUCAGUCUCAUCUUUCUGUGUUGGAUGCCCAAGAAUGUCCAGCCUGCCUCUUUAGCUCACGUAUUUCUCGUACUGCGAUGCUGUCGCCCACUUCGCAUAUUCGCACUGGUGCCCCAUCUGAGGAAGCUGUUCUACGAGCUUCUGCGUAGCUUCAAAGAGAUUUUCCUUGUCUCUGUUCUCCUUCUUGCUCUUAUAUUUGUCUUCGCCAGCUACGGUGUGCAGAUCUUCGCAACAAGGCUGGCUAAGUGCAAUGACCCUACCAUUAAAAACGAGAGUGAAUGCGUAGGAGAAUUCCGGAUUCUUGUUAGCGUUGUAAAGACUCACAAACCAGAUUCGCCAGAAGAAGAAUUGCCUACUUUCUUGGUUCCAAGAGUGUGGGCCAACCCACGUAACUUCAACUUUGAUAACUUGGGCAGUGCUCUGUUAGCAUUGUUUGAAGUACUCUCUCUGGAAGGCUGGUUGGAAGUUCGAGACAUCAUCAUUAAUCAGACAAAUAUGUGGCAUACCUUCUACAUACACAUCUUUGUCUUCAUCGGUUGCAUGAUUGGACUCACUCUAUUUGUUGGUGUGGUCAUCUCAAACUACUUUGAAAACAAGGGAACCACUUUGCUGACUAUUGAUCAGAGAAGAUGGCAGGAUCUAAAGGGCAGACUUCAGCUUGCCCAACCACUCCAUCUCCCACCACGACCUGAUCAUUCUCGGUUCCGGGCCAAGCUGUAUGAUUUGUCGCAGCACAAGUACUUCAAGAGAUUCAUUGCAUUCUUGGUUCUAGUCAACUUCUUUCUCCUUUCAUCUAAGUGGGAGGAUACUAGGACAGCGAUGGUACUAGCCUACAUCUCGGUGGUCCUCACUCUGAUGUUUGUUCUUGAAGUCAUCUUGAAAUGCAUCUCCCUGAGUCCCAUCGGUUACUGGCACAGCAGACGGAAUAGAUACGAUCUGGUGGUGACGUUGAUGGGCGUGGUAUGGCUCAUUUUGCACUUCACUAAUAUGAACAAUAUGAGCUUUGCAUUUGGAGCAGCAACAGUUCUCUUCCGAUUCUUUACUAUCACUGGGAAACAUCCAACUCUGAAGAUGCUGAUGAUGACCAUCGUGGUAUCCUGUGUGAAGUCUUUCUUCAUCAUCGUCGGCCUGUUCCUACUGAUCACCUUCUAUGCAUUCCUGGGUGUUGUUCUCUUCGGCAAGGUCAAAUACGGAGAGCAUCUAGGCAGACAUGCUAACUUUGAGAGCGCCCCCAACGCGAUGGCCACACUAUUUAGGAUUGUCACUGGUGAAGACUGGAAUAAGAUCAUGCAUGACUGUAUGAUCAGUGAGCCGUUCUGCAGCAAGAAAGGGGAGAAUUACUGGGAGACUGACUGCGGCAACAGCAAGGCUUCCAUGGUGUACUUUUGUUCUUUCUAUGUCCUCAUAGCUUACAUUGUUAUCAAUCUACUUGUCGGUAUCAUUAUGGAGAACUUUUCUCUAUUUUACUCAAACGAAGAAGAUGCAUUGCUGAGUUAUGCAGACAUCAAGAACUUUCAAAUCACAUGGAAUAUGGUCGAUAUACAUAGAAAGGGGGUGAUUCCAGUCAGCCGGGUCAAGUUUGUGCUUCGUCUGCUGCGAGGGCGUCUUGAAGUGGACAUGGAGAAGGACCACCUCCUGUACAAACACAUGUGCUGUGAGAUAGAGAAGAUGAGAAACGGGCAGGAUGUUACCUUUCACGAUGUCCUCAGUAUGCUGUCUUACCGGUCUGUGGACAUCAGGAAAUCACUGCAGCUAGAUGAACUCUUGGCCAGAGAGGAAUUGGAAUAUAACAUUGAAGAGGAAGUCGCCAAGGAGACGAUACGCAACUGGCUGGAUAAAUGCCUCAUCAGAAUGAGAGCUCAGAAAGAGAAGAGUCACCAUUCAUCAUACAGCAAUCCAUUCUACGGGGGCGAGAAACCGGAGAGACUGGUAGUACCCCCAGCUUUCAUUACCACUCCAAGUCCGCCUAAAGAAGAUAGCAACAAGAACAAGGAAGAAACACCAGUCUUAGACAACAUCAUUCCAAUCCCUGAAACAAAUAAAGAUCCGACAAAGCCUGAGCACGGUGCUCCCAGCUCACCCGGUCACAAGCUUCUGGUGCCAACACUGUCUGAGGGUAACGUCAAACCUGAUGGUGAAGACAGCGCUAGCCUCAGACCUAGAAGAUCAAACAGGAGAUACCAGACAGGUUCAUCAUCAAGUUCUACCAGUGUGACCCCAGUGAGCAGUACUAGCAGUGCUCCAGUGUACCCCAGAAACACCACUGCUCCAACUGCUACUAAAGAGGUCCAGGAUUGGUGGAAGGAACAACUUCACUAUGACAGUGGUUCAGAAGAAGACUGAUUAUAUUACAGAACUUUAUUCCCUUUCCUGACUGCUUUAUCAAGUUCUGCCAGUUUGACCCCAGUAAGUAGUAAAAGCAGUGCUCCAGUGUACCCCAGAGGCACCCCUCCCCCAAGCGCUACUAAAGAGGUCCAGGAUUGGUGGAAGGAACAACUUCACUAUGACAGUGGUUCAGAAGAAGACUGAUUAUAUUACAGAACUUUAUUCUCUUUCCUGACUGCUUUACCAAGUUGUGCCAGUAUGAACCCAGUAAGUAGUGCAAGCAGUGCUCCAGUGUACCCCAGAAACACCACUGCUUCAACCUCUUACUAAAGAGAUCCAGGAUUCCAGGAUUAGUGGAGGGAACGACUUCACUCUGUUUCAUAGUGGUUCAGAAGAAGUCUGAUGAUACUAUAGAGCUUUAUUCCUUUCCUGACUGCUUUGUCAAGUUGUACCAGUUUGAUCCCAGCGAGUAGUGCAGGCAGUGCUCCAGUAUACCCCAGAGGCACCACUCCCCUAAGCACUACUAAAGACAUCCAGGAUUGGCGAAAGGAACAGCUUCACCAUGACAGUGGCUCAGAAGAAGUCUGAUGAACUAAUGCACUUUAUUCCCUUUCCUGACUACUUUGUCAAUUUCUACUAGUUUAAUCCCAGUAAGUAGUACUAGCAGUGCUCCAGGGUAUCCCACAAACACCACUGCUCCAACUGCUAAUAAAGAAGUCCAGGGCGCCGUCUUACAAAAAAGUGAUGAUUGAUCUGAUCAAUCGUAACUAUGGAAAGCCAGCAACGUCAGCAUCUUGCAAAUGCAUGUUUGUUCAAAAU